AGUAUGCCUAGAAAUAAAUAAUUAGAUACUUUGGUUAGUUUCGUGUUGUCGUAUUCCAAAGUGUUUGUUUGAAGGAAUUUGCUACUACAAAAAUUCUACACUCUAAAAAAUCAAUAAAGAAAAGAAGGAAUUUUUGUUUGACGACAAAUUAGAGUGAAAGUGGGUUUGUGUUUUGUGUUGUCGAUAAGAAAGAAAAAAUCACUUAAUUUCUCACACUGACAACAAUGGAUAUCGAAAGUGGUGCUAAUGAUGAUCUAAAGAACCAAGUGACCGCCAUUCCAAAAUAUGGCUUAAAGCUGACUUUCAAUCAUGUCUAUCCGGAGAAGAGGAAUCAGAAUAUAAGGCCAACAAUAAAGCAAUCGAUUCCAUUUAUUCCUUUGGUUUGUCGAUAUGCAUCUUACUAUUGGAAAUGUUCUCGCGAAGGACGUCGUGUCAUCAUGGAUUACUAUUAUACGGAAACAGGUAAACAAAUUUAUGGUGUACCAUUGGGUGGCAUUGGGGGUGGUACUAUUGGACGUGGAUAUGCUGGGGAAUUUUGCCGCUUCCAGAUGCGACCAGGAAUGUAUGAAUACAAUGUUGUUCAUGCAGAUCAAUUUAUUGUCACAAUCAAGGACGAAAAGGAUAAAACGAUUUUCCAUAGUUUACUAUCGCAUUACAGUCUACCUAAGAGUCCAAUGAAAUAUUGCAGCCGACCAAAGUCUCCACUAAACUCAUGGGAAAAUAACCUUGAUCCUGCAAAAUGCAAUUACACUGGUCUGUAUCCGAGAGCCUGGUCAGAAAUCGAUUUGUCAGAGUAUGGUGUUAAGCUAAUUUGCCGACAGGUGUCGCCAGUGAUACCACACGAAUACAAAGAAUCGAGUGUACCAUGUGCUGUAUUUGUAUGGCAGGUGAUAAAUGUUGGCGAUAAAGAACGCAAAGUCACCAUAGCUUUUACAUUUAAAAAUGGAACUGGCAAUAAGAAACAAGAUGCCGACGGAUGUCCCGAGAGUGCUUUCUUUUCCGAAGGACAAACCAAAGGAAUUUCAAUUAAACAGAAAUUACAUGACAUGCCACUUACAUAUAGCUUAGGUUGUCGUAUAUUGCCAGAGGUUAAUAUCACUAGGUGCACUCAGUUUGAUCCGACAGGAAAUGGUGAGAAAUUAUGGAUGGAAUUGGCUAGAACUGGACAACUGGGUGAUAAGGUUCUUGAUGAAAAUCUUAAAAAUAAAGAUCUCGGAGUAGGUAUUUGCUCCCAAGUUCUUAUUCGACCAAAUUCUAGUCAUGAUUUAGAAUUUGUUCUCGCCUGGGAUAUGCCAAAUAUUAAAUUUCCAAAAAAAAUCAACACACACUCCCGGUAUUAUACCAAAUAUUUUGGUGAUGAUGGUGAGGCUGGACCUAAGAUUUGUGAUUAUGCAAUUAAAAAUUACUCGAAUUGGGAAAAACUUAUUGAUGCAUGGCAAAAACCUAUAUUGGAUGAUGAAGGACUUCCUGAUUGGUACAAAAGUGCAAUAUUUAAUGAAUUAUAUUUUAUUUCGGAUGGCGGAAGCAUAUGGCUUAAAUGUGAUGCUUCUUUUGGCAAGGAGUUAGAAUAUGAUGAUCCAAGAUUAGCAUAUGGUCGUUUUGGUUAUCUUGAAGGACAUGAAUAUCGAAUGUACAAUACAUAUGAUGUGCAUUUUUAUGCAUCGCAUGCUCUUUCACAUUUAUGGCCUAACUUACAAGUUAGUAUUCAAUAUGAUUUUCGUGAUUCAAUCACUGCUGAACUACUCGAAUCAAGAAAAUGUCUAUACGAUGGCAAAAGUCCACCGAGAAAAAUACAAAAUUCUGUUCCUCAUGAUUUGGGUGAUCCCGAAGAGGAACCAUUUACAUUGAUUAAUUGUUAUAACAUUCAUGAUGUUAACGACUGGAAAGACUUGAAUACGAAAUUUGUUUUGCAAGUUUAUCGAGAUUAUUAUGUUUUGAAUGAAAUAGCUCAAGCACAAACCGAUAAUGCAAGUAAAUUUAGUUCGAUUGAGUUUAUAGACAAGGAUAGUUUGUAUGAGAUGUAUAUGCAAGAUAAUAAGCGAAAAAAUUCAGCAGAAGAGAAACAAAACCAUAGAAAGUCAGCUUCAAUGUAUAUAAACGAGACAAAUGGAAAGGUCUAUCUCAUGGAUUCGAUUGCCUACUUGAAAGCUAUGUAUCCAGCUUGUAAGUCGAUUAUGGAAAAAACUAUGGAAUGGGAUAAGGAUAAUGAUGGCUUGAUUGAAAACCAAAAAAUGCCCGAUCAGACUUAUGACAGUUGGGUUAUGGAGGGACCAAGUGCUUAUUGUGGAGGUUUAUGGUUGGCAGCUUUGCAAUGCAUCUCAGCAAUUGCAACACUUCUCGAUCAACCAAAUGAUUGUUUGAGAUAUCAAGAGAUUCUCGAAAAAGGCAAGAAGUCAAUUGAUGAAAAAUUGUGGAAUGGAAGUUUUUAUAAAUUCGACAUGUCGAAUAGGGAAACAAUUAUGGCCGAUCAGCUUUGUGGGCAUUGGUACCUGAAUACUUGUGGAUUUGAUUAUGAGAUUUAUCCAAAAGAAAAUGUUCGCUCAGCACUUUCUGUUAUUUAUAAAAAUAAUGUGAAGAGUUUCUGUGAUGGUAAUAUUGGUGCUGUCAAUGGUUUCAUUCCAAGUACUGAUCCAGAAAAGCCUGGUCAUGUUGAUUCAAUAACAAUACAAAGUGAAGAAGUAUGGACAGGUGUCACGUAUGCUUUGGCUGCAACAAUGAUUCAAGAGGGAAUGUUUGAAGAAGCUUUUAUAACUGCUGGUGGAAUGUACAAGACAAUUUCUGAAAAAAUCGGUAUGAACUUUGAAACACCAGAGGCACUUUAUGGUGAGAAGAAAUAUCGAGCAAUUGGCUAUAUGCGACCAUUGAGUAUUUGGUCAAUGCAAGUUGCUUGGGAACGACGCAAGGCAUUGAGAGAUUAAGAUGCUUUAAAGUAGACGAAAAAAACGGAAUCCAAAAACCAGUUUGUUUACUUAUUAAUUAUGAAAAAGUGUGUGGUUUUUUUAUAUUAUGGAUACAAGAGAUCCUUCAGUUUGGCUUUAAUCUAUCUUUCUCUCUUAAUUGUAAAAGUGUUUCUUUUUUUUAGAAAAGAAUACAUAAAAUAUAUUUAUUUUUUUAUAAAUGUGAGUAGAAUUUAAAACAGAAAUUUGUCUAGAAUUGCUGGAAUGUGCCUCUUCUUCUAAAGGUUUAGCAUACAAAUAUAGAAAUUUAUAAGAAAAAAAAGCAAUAUGUGAGAGAAUUCAAUAAUGCAGGGUAUUUAAAUACUAUUUUCUGACAAAAAAAAAAAAAACAAAUAUUGUCACAAA